GCAGACUAAUGCCCGUGUCUCGAAGUCGCGAGUGAAUCCAUUUUGUCCGAGCAGACUUAUUUAGAAGUGAUUAGCAAGUCAUCUGCUUCUGUCAAUUAUUUUUCAUGUUUUGUAUUUCUUUCGAUUCGGAGUAUCUUAUCAGUGUCCUUUCAGUUAUCCAUCCCUUCGUCGAGGAAAGUUACUUUUUUCGCCGUCCGCGAUACACCAAGUGACAGAAAAUCGGCCGUGCCUCUGCCAUGGACCAAUUGACUUACCUAUUUUUGUUUUGAUUAGUUACCGCUGAAAAAAUUCAGUUCAUCUCUAAUUUCUACUGUGCAAUGUCGGUGUCGCGCCGUCAUACUAAACUACUCAAAUCAACGCAGCAGUCGGAAGCGGAUUUCUUCACAAUUCAAUUCAAAAUUCGUCCUGGAGUUUCAUAUCAAGUGGAAAAUUUAGGUUACCCUGGACGUUUCUCCCCUUCAGCUAUAAAUUUAUAGCCCACAUUUUUGUGAUAAACCAUAGAAAUUUCUUUCACCUUUAGGAGAGUGAUGAACCCUUUUAAUUUGCUAACACAGACCCAGUGUACAAAUACCUAUGAAGCUUCCAGCAUUCUCGCUUUUGGACUUCAGUUUUUAUCUCGUUAUCAACUAACAUCAUCGACAUUAAAUUACCUAUUCUUUUCUUCAUUGAAUUUGCUUUAGAUACUUCAAUAGUGUUUCUCGAUCUAAUGAACAUGAAGUGGUUUACGUAGUCAUCAUAUAGUUGUAUCUUGAGGCAACUCUAAGUUUUAAAGACUUAAAAACGCUGAAUGAGCCCAGCAAUGAGAGUUGAUACUAUUGAUAGAUAAUGUAUAGUGGUAGUGAUAGUGGUUAUUGUGACACCCCGGAACCAAGCAGCAAUGAUCUUCAGUGCCCAACAUCAAUUGUUGAAACUACGAUGGAAGAUAAAAUUAAGGAUUGUCUCAUGUCAGGGCCAUCUUGUCGAGCACUUCGGCAUGCUGUCAUGGGACUCAACCGCUUGGAUGACUUUUCCUGUGAACACAUUGGAAAUGGAUUUUACUCCAAAGUGUACAAGGUGACCCAUAGGGUAACGGGCCAAGUGAUGGUGCUCAAGAUGAACCAGCUGCGUUCCAACCGAGGCAAUAUGCUGAAAGAGGUGCAAUUAAUGAACCAACUUUCACAUCCUAACAUCUUGGGGUUCAUGGGUGUGUGCGUGCACGAAGGCCAGCUACACGCUUUGACUGAGUACAUAAACGGAGGGAGUCUGGAGCAGCUGAUAGCCAACACGGCCAAGGAGCUCUCGUUCGUGACCAGGAUGAAGUUGGCGCUGGACAUCGCCAGGGGAAUGCAGUACCUUCACUCCAAAGACGUCUUCCACCGAGAUCUCACCUCCAAAAAUGUUCUUAUACGGCAUAAUGAAAAAACAGGUGAAAUGGCAGCUGUCGUUGGGGAUUUCGGUCUUGCUGCAAAAAUCCCAAGGAGCGGUUAUCGUUUGCCCACCGUGGGAUCUCCCUGGUGGAUGUCUCCUGAGUGUCUAAAAGGCCAGUGGUAUGAUCAGAGGAGUGAUGUGUUCAGCUACGGAAUCAUCCUGUGUGAAAUAAUAGCCUGCGUGAAUGCCGAUCCUGAUAUUCUUCCUCGAACUCAAAAUUUUGGUUUGGAUUAUUUGGCCAUGGUAGAACUUUGCUCGCAGAAUGUUCCAGUGGCACCCCCAGAGUUCCUUAAAUUAGCUUUCUCUUGUUGUAAUUUUGAACCAAAGAACCGUCCUACAUUCAACGAUAUCGUAGCAAUGUUAGAAAAAAUAAUAGUCAGCUUAUCAACUCCAGAGCCAGGAAUCGGUCUUUUGGUUGAAGCCCGGAGUGAAGAGUGUUUGCUUGACCAGCACUUGUCUCACACCGUCACUACACCCAACAAACAAUCUAAACAUAGAAAACUCCAUCGCAGAUCAUUAUCUGAGGAUGUCGGCACAGCAAUGUACUCACUACACUCAGCUCCCUCACCAUCUGAAAAAGCUCGAUGCCAUUACAUGACACCUUCUCAGGAACAUUUGGCCGUUGCACCUCCUUUGAAACAUAUUGGAGAAUCAAUGUGCCGAGAAGAUCCGUAUUAUGAACCUAGUGCAGACAAACUGAAUCCCUUUGCAUCCUUGAGUCAGUUCAAGGGAGUCAAAAAAAUCCUUGCAGGAACCAACUCCUCAGACCUGUUUUCGUCGUGUUGUGAGCUGCCAUCGCCAUAUGUGGGGGAUGAACCAUGUAGUUCAAGUAAACGGGAUGAAUCAUUGAGAAAUUCUAGUAGACUUUUUUGUUCAUCAAGUAAAGAAUUAAAUGUAGGAAAUAUGAAGUCAGAAACUUUACCAAAUUCAAAUCAAAAUAGUGUAAAUAGUUUGAAUGAUGUUUGGAUCCGGCGGAGUCCCAGUUCAAGAAGCAGUAUAGAUCUAAGUAAAUCUGAAGGAGUAGAAGAUUCAAUUGUCGUUGAACCUGUAGUCAAACCCUCAGAACUCUGUCUGAAAAAUCAAAGUAAAUGUUCCAGUAUUAGCCCCGUGAGUUGUGGAAAAUUGAGCGAAUCAAAUAAUUCUCCGCCUAGUUGUAGUACACCAAAGAAUUUAACCGAUGUUCCUAAAUCAACUUUAACGUUUGAAUAUGUUUCUAAGUUUGUUAAAAUUAAUUCACGUAAAUCCUACUUGAACUCAAAUCCGAAAGCAGUGUCAUUACCAUGUUCUCCGACAUUUCUCAGGAAGCAGCCAUGCGUUAGUGAAUCAAGUGAUGACUGCUUCAAAUGUAUUUCCCCCAUAGGCAAAAAUAAAUCAAUGAGUGAUGAUGGCUCAGACUGUACAUCAGGAUCAGAGCUGGCUGACUCGAAAUCUACUUGCACUGUCUACUCUAAUUUAUUACCACUCUUCAAGUCACGCACAACUAACCUAUCCUCCGAAGCAACCAUCUUGGAUUGUGCUCCGUUAAGAAGCUGUUCCUCCAGUUCGAAUGUUUCUUCCUUAGCUGCCAACUGCUCCAAUACCUCAGGCUUAAACUUGUUGUGCCCUACCUCCAGCACUACCGUUCCUGGAUUACUCAGGAGAAGGGGUUCUUGUGAAUCAGGAUUUUUUAGCAGUGUUGGAGAGGAUUUUUGUGUGCCAGGAAUGGAUACGUUAAGUGCAAGACUUCACACAGCUUCCUCUGUCACUCUUUCCUCAUCCUCAGCUGCAAGUUCGCUUUUCUUAGACUCAACUGGAGAUGACAUCGCAACACCUCUACUCCUUUCUGCCAAGCACUUGCAUCACUUCCCUCCCCCACGUUCUUCCUCCAUUUACACUGAUAGCUCGGAAGAUGUUUCUUCCCUGGCCAGCGGAGACCCUCCUAUUUGGGAUGAAAAGAAACCACAACAGAUAAGCAAAAUUGUGGAGUAUUUUGAGCGGAAACAGAGUGUCAAUAGUGGAUAUCAUUCUUCCAAUGGAUUAAGUCAAAGGUGGGACCUAAAUGAGCCAAGCAACCGGUAUCAACUGCACCAGCAGUUGAGGAGGAGCUAUCUUCAGGAGUCAACUCUCAUCAAACCUUCAGAAUUAAGGAAACAUUUUUCUCUUACUGGCGCCAACUCUUCAACAUCCACCAACUUACAUUUUUUAGAUAAACCGAAAAGAUCCACGCAUCAAAGAUUAACUGUUUGUGAAGGUGCUGUGCGAUCAAAACUUCAGUUAUUUGACAAGAAAAACUGAGGAACUCAAAGCUUCUCUCCCUCCACAUCAAUUUCCUUAAACCAAGAAGGUGCAUCUAAAGCAAACUAACCGUCUCCCUGUACAUGCAUCUAUAUCAAAUAAAUAUUAUAUGAUGGUGCUCUUAGGUCAAUUUUCUGAUUAUUAAUAUGUAAAAGAAUUCAGAACGCUUGAAACUUGCCAUGAGUCCUUAUUUUGAAAUAUAUGUCAGUAUUCUCAAGACUGAUGGUCACUGCAAAUGUAUUUCUCCCGUAACUACUCAUAAAGUAAUUACAACAGACAGAAAGACAUCUGAAGGAGCAUCGUAAAAAAAGAAAAAUCAGGAAAACAGUCGCAAUUAAAUUGUAAUUAUUUCUUUUUACUAACUAACAGGUUGUUUAAUUUUUUGUAACCAAGAAGCUCUGAAUAGAAAUUUGCUCAAAAGUUAAAAGUUGAAAUUUAGAAUCAUCUUGGCAGCCUCCUUGCUUCAUUUCAGUAUUUGAUAAUUUUUUUCUGUCCUACCUCUCAUUCAUGUCAAUUUCCACUCUUACGUAUUUACAUAUUCCUAAGGAGCAAAUCAUAUUAGCAUUUGCUCUUUUUUCCUAUUUUUUAUCAAAUUUUUUCCCUGAGAUUUUCCUCUCCUUCUGUUUCUUCCGGGAAGAGAAAGUAUGUAAUUAGUAUGAAUUGGCUCCAAGUGUCAUGAAAGGUGCUAUAACGUCGUAUGGAAUUAGCUCAUAAGAAGUGAAUUUUAUCUUUCUCGUAAACUGUUUUCUGAUCUUCCUUAAUAGUUUCGUAACCUCAUCAAACUAAGUAUUAAAUCUUACAAAAGGUUUGCUUCCUUUAAAUUUCAGCCACUCAUCCCAUCAUUUUUAAGCCUUGUGCGUCGUUCUUUGCCGAGUAAUUGCCAGUUAUGUUAUACAUUAUUAAAAAAAAAUUUCAAAAUGUAUCAUCGGUUUUUUGAUGAUCAUUGAAAACUUUAAGGUUUCAGAAAGUAGAAUUACAUAGUGUCUAUUUUUACAGAGUUGUCAUUUGUAUUCAAUUUCAAGUAAAUAAACCAAUUCAUUUCUUUUGGAGGAUGAAUACAAUUUAACCCCCUCACCUAGGUAUAAAUGUGUGGAUCUGUUCACAAAUUUUACAAAAGGCAAUUUCUUAGAAAUCAGAAAUUUGCUGGAUUCGUGGAAACAUUCAAAAACAGAUGUAUGGAAGGAACUUAAUAGCUCUCCAAAGAAAACAUCAAUCAAAUCUGUGGAAGCUACCAAACAUUACUCACUACAACCAUUCCAUCAUCAUUAUAUACAGGGAUUAUCUGCUUUUCCAACUACUUUUCUAAAAUGAUGAUGCUCAAGUAACUGACAGCUCUGUAAAAGUAGAAUUAGUGCCUAACUAUUAACAUUUGAUGCCUCCUACGGUGUACUCUACCCUAAUGUAAAUUAUGAUAUCUUAAAAUCUAACCAGCUGCCAUUAGUUAAUUUGAUUGUAAUACUUUUUUCAAUCUUAAAUUUGAAGACGUUGUCCUACAUAAAUCUUGAAUUGUUCUGAAGGGACCCAAUCUUUGUGUCUAAUUCGAAAAAAAUUAUAGUAAUAAGAAUUGUCUCUUAAUAAUUGGCAAAUACUUCAAAAAAUGCUCAAGUAUAUUAAGUGUUUUAUUCAAAGUCUCUUCCUAAUGUUUUACUUUUUUAUGUACUUCCUAAUUUGAGUUAUCAAUCAUUAAUUUAUUUAUUUUUUGUAAUAUUUUAAUCUCUUGUCAUCAUCACUUCAACAUCUUCUUGAUUUUUCAAUUUCUAGUUUAAAUUAAUAUAUUUUGUUUGUGUAAAAGUAAAGUUUAUAUUAUCUUAAUUAA